AUGGGUAUCAUUGAGGAUGAAGUCAAGCGGUUGACCGGUGUGGUCGAGGGCCUCGAGUCGCGGAUCAAGUCUCUGGAGCAGAAGUCCUUUGGUACCACGACCAAGAGUGCCGAGGAGGUCCGCAUGAUCCUCAUCGGCCCCCCUGGUGCUGGCAAGGGCACGCAAGCUCCCAAGAUCAAGGAGAAGUUCUCCUGCUGCCACCUGGCCACCGGUGACAUGCUGCGAUCGCAAGUCGCGAAAAAGACUCCGCUGGGCCGAGAAGCCAAGAAGAUCAUGGACCAGGGCGGCCUCGUCAGCGACGAGAUUGUCAUCGGCAUGAUCCAGGAGGAGCUCGACAACAACAAGGAGUGCAAGGGAGGCUUCAUCCUCGACGGUUUCCCCCGCACAGUCGUCCAGGCCCAGCGCCUCGACGAGAUGCUCGCCGAGCGCAAGAAGAACCUCCAGCACGCCGUCGAGCUGCAAAUCGACGACUCCCUCCUCGUCGCCCGCAUCACCGGCCGUCUCGUCCAUCCCGCCUCUGGCCGCUCGUACCACAGCACCUUCAACCCUCCCAAGGAGCACAUGAAGGACGACAUCACCGGCGAGCCUCUCAUCCAGCGCAGUGACGACAACGCCGAGGCCCUGAAGAAGCGUCUGGCCACCUACCACCAGCAGACCGCCCCCGUCGUGGGUUACUACCAGAAGACCGGUAUCUGGAAGGGCAUCGACGCCUCCCAGCAGCCCUCGCAGGUAUGGAAGAACAUGCUCACCAUUUUCGACGCCCAGCGCAAGCCCAGCGCUCCCGGCAUCAUCAGCCGCAUCACCGGCUCACAGUAA